AUCCGCACAAGUUUCCAUCGUCGACAUCCGGCUCCGGUGCAUUCUCUCGCCCUUGUCAUUUCGCUUUCCAACUUGCGUGUACAUACAUGCGCGCGCACACGCACGAGAGAGCCGUCAGUUCUUGGCUUCUUGCAUGCCGCCGUUGACCGCCAUGGCCCGGCGGCGGGUCCGGACGUGGGCUGCAGCCGUCGCCACGGGUGUGCUCGUCGUCGUCGUCGCUGCUGCUUCUGCUGCUGCGGCGGCGGGGGUCGAGGAGAAGCUGAUGGUGGACAUGACUCUCGUCCCAGGCGCCGCGUCGACGGGAGCAGUGUGCCUCGACGGGAGCCCGCCGGCGUACCACCUCCACCAGGGCUCCGGCGCCGGCGCUCGCGGCUGGCUGCUCCAGUUCGAGGGCGGCGGUUGGUGCAACGACGCGCGGUCGUGCGCCCAGAGAGCCCGCAUGUCACUAGGUUCGAGCAGCCUCAUGAACAAGCUCGAGGUGUUCUCCGGAUUGCUCAGCAACGAUCCCGCCAUGAACCCAGAUUUUUACAAUUGGAAUAGAGUGAAAAUUCGAUACUGCGAUGGCGGCUCCUUUGCGGGCGAUUCAGAGUUCAGAAAUGGUGUAAGUAUGCUUGCAUUAUUUCCUGCUGCUGCAUGCGUUCAACAGAAGUUUGCUGCUCAGUGCUUGCCUCUACAUAUGCAGUCUUCAGUCAUCUACAUGAGAGGCCAGAGGAUAUGGGAUGCAAUCAUCACCGAUCUGUUCCUGAAAGGCCUUGCGAAAGCCGAAAAGGUGCUGCUCUCAGGCUGCUCAGCAGGAGGUCUAGCUACGUUCUUCCACUGCGACGACCUCGAGGAGCGUCUCCGAGGUGUAGCCACGGUGAAAUGCAUGAGCGAUGCAGGGUUUUUCCUUGAUGUGGACGAUAUUUCCGGCCACAGCACCGUCAGGUCUUUCUUUAACGGGGUAGUCGAUUUCCAGGGGGUUCAGAAGAAUUUGAACAAAAACUGUUCGGAUUCGACGGUAAAAUCUUAUCAGUGCUUUUUCCGGCAAUAUGCGCUUCGGAGCAUGAGAGCCCCCUAUUUCAUCUUGAAUUCAGCUUACGACGUAUAUCAGUUUUUUCAAAAUUUUGUGCCUCCUUCGUCUGAUCCUAGAGGUCAAUGGAGUCGCUGCAAGGCGGCCCUUAGCGCAUGCAGCUCAUCCCAAAUUGCAACUCUCCAAGGCCUGAGAAGCGCAAUGUUAAUGGCUCUGAAACCGUUCGAAGGCGAAUCGAAGGUGGGGAUGUUCAUCAAUUCUUGCUUUUCACAUUGCCAGAGCGAGUCUCAGGACACAUGGUUUGCACCAAAUUCCCCAAGACUACAUGACAAGGCAAUUGCGAAGCUUGUUGGUGAUUGGUACUUUGAAAGGGGUGCCGCCCAAGAAGUUGACUGCCCCUAUCCUUGUGACUCGACUUGUCACAACAUUAUACCAUCUAACUAGGUUAGGCCACUGAGUUUUAGGGCGUCAAAACCUGUCACCGUUGAUGGUGCCGACAGUCUAGCUUCGGCUUCUUGGCUUGCUCUUCUCCGUAGUCGAGCUUGCGCUCCAAGACAUGGCUGGCGAUGGAAUUUUGCCAUGAAAACAUGUGUUCUCCCCCUGAAAGAAAGGAAAAGUUGUUUCAUGAGACAAGGUAGAGAUCAGAAUGCCAGGAAAUGUGCAGAAGGCCACCUAUAUAAGGGCUAUCCGCUAAUUACAACUCUAGUUAUUAUAGCCUAAUUUUAUUCAACAAAAAAAAUUUAACAGUACAAAACUAUCUGGAGACCGCCUGGCUUUGUCUUAGAUACAUGGAAAGAAAAAGAAAAACGAAAGGAAUAA